UAGGAGGGGGGGGGAAACAUGGGUGGGGACUAAGAAAUAACAAGACUGUGAGAGGACUUUACCAUCAGUGAGUUAUAGUAGGUGGUGGUGACCAGGUCUCUACACUUAAGACAACUCGACCAGUUUCAGAAUGUGUGUUGUGCUGAUGCUUCUGGUUGGGGCCCUGGUGGCCCAUGGCCAUCCCACAGACCACAGUGGUAAUGGAUUGGAGUUCGUAUUGAGGAACAUCUCGGCGCUGUGGGAGGAAGUUAACGACCUGCGCCAGGAAGUUAAUCAUCACCUACACGAUGGACACAGCGAACUCUCACAUGACCAGAUUAUGGAAGAGACUGCAAUCUUGCAACAUGAGCAUCACGUUCAUCAUCUGAAUCAUCCUCACGAGGGACACAAUGAUCACCAUAAUAAUGAAAUGCUUCAGCACCUGAGCACACACCAUGGGCACCAGCGUGGUGGCCAGCCAGGUCAUGAGGACCCCAGCCAGGAUGAUGGUAGCAACGACGAUGACCAAGACAGCAGCCAGGAAGCAGCGCCAGGACCUUCCACCGGCCAUCCUGAAGAUGACCAUGACCGCCAUGGUCUCCACUCUGACGAGGAUGGUCAGGACCCCCUUCAGGACGAUGAUGAUCCUGUGUCACACACUCAUUGCCUCAAAUGUCAGCAUUCUCACGGACACGGUCACAAACAUAAAGGUGGGCAUGCUCAUGGACGAGGCCAUGGCCAUGCACAUGGACAUGACCAUGGACCUGGACACACUCAUGAACACGAAGAAGGCCAUGAACAUGGAGACAGCCAUGAAAAUGGAGACGGUCAUGAGCAUGGACCUGGACAUGGCCAUGGACAUGCACACGGACAUAGCCAUGCUCACAGACAUGACCAUGGACCUGGACACACUCAUGAACAUGAAGAAGGCCAUGAACAUGGAGAAAGCCAUGAAAAUGAAGACGGUCAUGAGCAUGGACACAGUCACGACGACCACGACCACAAGGACCCAGACCACAAUCGUCUUCACAGCGACGAAAAUACUUCGCCCGGACGAAGACCACAGCAACAGCAGCGGCAGGAGCGCUGGGUACACGCCGUCUGUAAACUGAAACCUAACGCUGAUCUGCCCAGCUCCUCCGUCAGGGGAAACAUCACUAUCUCCCAGAGGAAAGACAAGAAGGGUCCUGUCUACUUCGACCUUGAUCUUACUGGCUUCGAUGUCUCGCAAGGGCGCCUACAUGGCUUCCACAUUCACGAGAAUCCUGCCAGUGAAUAUCGCUGUGGUACUGCUGGAGCUCACUUCAAUCCCUUCUCUGUUGCCCAUGGUGGGCCUAGCAGCACUCCUAGGCACGUGGGUGACCUGGGAAACAUAGAAGUGGAUGAAAACGGAGAGCUACAUGGAUACAUCAUGUCUGAUACUCAGGUGGCCUUCCUUGGUCCGAACUCCAUCAUUAACAAGGCUAUUGUGGUCCAUGCUCGGGAAGAUGACUUGGGCCUUGGUGGGCAUCCCGAUAGCCUAACCACUGGCAACGCUGGAGGCCGCCUUGCCUGCUGCAAUAUUUCCUUACAGUCACGCGUGAAAUUCAGGUUUAAGGGCUAAGAAUCCGAAGAGAGGUUGCAGUCGAUGUCCACCCGCAUCUUCAGACUCCAGACUGAAGGGGCAGGAGUGGACACGAAAGGGCUCAGACCAUUCUCAGGUUUCGGGCCUGAAAAUGAUUUGAAUUUUCUUUUUUAGAGUCACAAGUUGUCAGGCUGAACUUGUUGACGUUCAGAGCCUUUUCAGAUCUAUGGAGUGUUUAAAAUUUAGGAUUUUCUGAAGUUCCAGAGCUGAGGAGGGUCUGAGCGUCUAAUGAUAUGAAAAAGUGUUUUGUAGCCCUCAAUUGUCCUCCGAUCCUAGAUAGCACUCUUUGUGUGUGUGUGUGUGUGUGUGUGUGUGUGUGUGUGUGUGUGUGUGUGUGUGUGUGUGUGUGUGUGUGUGUGUGUGCACAUGUAUGUGCGUGUGCUUGCUCGUAUUCUCACUUAUUUGUGAUUGCAGGGGUUGAGUCUCAGCUCCUAGCCCUGCCUCUUAGCUUGCCACUUGUAACAGUUAUUCCAUUCUAGCCUCGUCUGCAACUUCCCUCCAAUACUUCGUCGAGGUUAUUCAACUUCCUAACAUCCCUCUGAUUCCUGUGUUUUUAACUUCCAGUUACGCCCUCAUGUGUAUACAUACGCAUUUUGUCGUAGGUUACUGCCAUUAAAUAUAACAGCCAAGCUACUAUGAAGAUUGAACCCUGGCAAAGGUGGAUCCAGUCGGUGUUCUUCCAGGAUGGUAGACGAGGUCAGGUUAGGUCAGAUGCUUCAGGAAGAAAGUCAAGUGUUUCCUGACGCUGGUCUUAGUCACAUAACCCGCCACUGGAGCUUUUGGUCAUCUGACUGAUGCCUUCCGCUGAAAGACGUUGCAGGACAAACUCAUUGGGACAAUGUUUUAAUGUCGCGAUAAAACAACCAAGCAAGGUUUUGUUUUCAAUAUUGUUAGUAAUAAACCACUUUAAUUCACGUUCUACUUUAUCAUUAAUAUUUUUCAUUUGCAUUAUCACUUGGUUUUUGCUUUUGCUGUGAAUUUAAUAAAUAUAUUUUAUUUUCUCCUUUAUUUUCAGCAAGUAAAAUAUGUUUUUAUUCUUUAUUAAUAAAACAUAUAGAGGUGUUUUUAUUUAGUAUUUCAAUAUUUUAUUAAUCCAGAGUUUUGGUUAUGUUAAAAAUAGGCUUGCUUCUGCAUUUAAAAAAAUAUCUGCUGAAUUAUAGUCAUGAGGAUUUUCACAUGAGCUUCGAGGGUGAAUACAAGUAUUUUACAAAUGUACUUUUUUUGGUAUGGAAGUGUAUGUCAUAAUAUAAGACGUGUAUUCCUCGAAAA